GCUAAAGUUUUCAGUUUUAAAAGCUUUAUUAGCAAGGGCGGUCCAAUUGGUAGUGGUGGGAGAAGUAGCGCCGCCGCGAGAGGGUGAAUUCGGCGACCACUCGGAAGAUAUGGAAAUUCCUUCUGCAGGCCAAGGAGAAGUAUCACCUCCGGCAGGCCCAUGUCCCUGGCUGGUGUUUGACGACGGCGAAGGUUACAAAACGCAAACUUUUUGCUGCAACAUUACAGGACCACCUUCCUCCCCGGUCAAGAUGUAUCCCAAGGGAAUCCCAGUUUUGCAAAACAAACAGGUUGUUUGUUGUUCCUAUGGCAUGCUAGUUUUGUGGGAUGUUGAUACCAAACUGCUGUCACUCUGCGAUUCAACCACCUUUGAUGACAUUAUAUCCCUUCCUAGUUUACAUCACUUGUCAAAUUAUGGGAUUGAUACUUGUCUGCUACUUGUCAAUAAGUUGGAUGAUCUCAUGGUUGUAAUAUUCUUGGAAAAUUUUCCAUCCAUAGUGUGCUGUCCAGUUGAUUAUGAAAGUGAGUGGAGUGAAAUAGCAUACGGGGAGCAGUUGAAUGCCUUUUUUUCUAAUGACCUCAUAGAACGGCUUGAACGUGGCGGAUUAGGACCUCUCUGUUUGAGUAGGGCAGCAGAUAUUUGUGACAGUAUAAUGAUUGCCAAACUUCAAACAACAUGGUGUGAUUCUUUCUGCUUUACUUGGGUGAUAGAGAUUGUUUAGGAAGAAGAACGACUGGGGCUGUUGUUAUAUGAGGUGGACGUGCCUGAUGGUAUGUUUCGAGGACCACAGGCUCCUAUAAAUGUGUAUUUGUUGGAAUCUUGUGGGGAAAUCUUCUGUUUAUGUUUUCUCACUAAAGCUCUAGCCUUUGAGGUCUACAGAUUGAAUUAUGAUGGCCGGGUCUUUGAGAGAGUUAAAGAUGUAAGGGACAGAGCGUUCUUUGUUGGGGAGAGGUAUUGUCUGUCCUGUCCUAUAUCAGGACCCGGUCUCAUAUACUUCACUACCUACGGUGACACCGAUAAUUUAUAUUGCUUCUACACACAUGAUGAUAGCAUUACGGCGUCUCCCCUUCCUUGUCCAUUGCUUUCUUCUCCAACUUGGAUGUUUUGCAAUGAUAUGACUCGUGACAUGCCUCUCAGGCCAGAAGAAAAUCAUUGCAACAAAGGCAUCAUCAGCAAGCAAGGAAAAAACAGCACCAGCAAAUCAAUAUGGGAGUUUGAU